AUGGGUGUUGAUCUGUACCAACGAACGUGGUUCAUUGCCUGUGUGAUUGUGAUUUUUGAGUACUCAAAUGGAGUUGCAGGGUCAGAACGAGUUCCUGCACUGUUUGUGUUUGGAGACUCAUUGGUUGAUGUUGGCAACAACAAUUUCCUUAGCUCAAUUGCCAAGUCUAACUAUUUUCCUUAUGGCAUUGAUUUCAAUAUGCAGCCUACUGGAAGAUUUUCUAAUGGGAAAACCUUUGUUGACAUAAUUGGAGAGAUGUUGGGAGUUCCUUAUCCUCCAGCCUUUGCAGAUCCCAACUCAGUUGGAGUUAAAAUACUGGGAGGAAUGAACUAUGCUUCAGCAGCCGCUGGCAUCCUUGAUGAGACAGGCCAACAUUACGGAGCACGGUAUAGCCUAAGCCAACAAGUCGUGAACUUCGAAAGCACCUUGGAUCAACUACGAAAAAUGAUGGGGAGCAAUGUGACAAGUUUCCUUGCCAAAUCCAUAGCCAUUAUGGUGUUUGGGAGCAAUGACUACAUCAACAAUUACCUCAUGCCAUCCAUCUACUCUUCUAGCUACACCUACAGUCCUUCAGAAUUUGCCAACCUUCUUCUGAACCACUAUGGGCGGCAACUUUUGGCUCUGUACAGUGUAGGACUAAGGAAAUUCUUUAUAGCUGGAGUUGGACCUCUUGGUUGCAUCCCCAACCAAAGAGCCACAGGACAGGCAGCGCCUGGAAGAUGCGUUGAUUACGUUAACCAAAUUCUGGGUACCUUCAACCAAGGGAUCAAAUCACUUGUAGAGGAGCUAAAUAACCGUUCUGCUGCAAUCUUUGUGUAUGGCAAUACCUAUGGUGUUGUGGGUGACAUCCUAAAUGAUCCGUCCACUUACGGAUUCAGUGUAGUUGACAGGGCAUGCUGCGGAAUAGGGAGGAACCAAGGCCAAAUCACAUGUCUGCCAUUUGCAUUUCCAUGCCCGGACAGAACCCAAUACUUUUUUUGGGAUGCUUUCCAUCCAACGGAAGCAGCGAAUUCAAUUCUAGCCCGUCGGGCUUUCUAUGGGCCUCCUUUGGAUUCCUAUCCGAUCAACAUCCAACAAAUGACUCUUUUCAACUGA